UGACGUAAAUCACAACGAUCGAUCGCUCGAUGGUUGGUUUUUCAGUGCGAUAAAAAUACGUAAACACACACAUCUCAACGUAAAUCGAACUUCGAAGUAGAUAAGCUACGCGCAAGUUUUCAUUUUAUUUUACCGCUAAAUAUAAUUAACACAUACGCGCUGACCAUUCGUCGCGGUGGGAAGUACCGCAAAACGCGAGUGUAACUAAUAAAAUUUUAACUUAGAAAAUGAAUUUCUUGGGUUUACCCAUCCUUGUGUGUGCAUAUUUUAGUUAUGUGUACGCCUACGAAGUCGAUACAUACGAUUUUCUCAUGCCAGAUGUUUGGCCUCACAGAGAUGAGCUCUACCUCUGCACGCCAAUCAGGAUCUCUCCUCGCAACAACUAUUACAUAGUGGGAUUCGAACCUAAUGCUACAAUGCACACUGCUCACCACAUGCUGUUGUAUGGUUGCUCGGAGCCAGGAACUGACGAUCCUGUUUGGAGCUGUGGAGAAAUGCAGAGUAACGACAUUGACGACCAGUACAACACGGCCAGCCCCUGCCGGGAGGGAUCUCAGAUCGUGUACGCUUGGGCCCGCGACGCGCCGAGCCUGCAGCUGCCCAAAGACGUCGGCUUCCUGAUCGGCAAGGACUCGCAGAUCAAAUACCUGGUGCUGCAGAUACAUUACAUGCACAAAUUCCCAGAGAGCAAAAGGGACAAUUCCGGAGUGUUCAUCAAAUACACCAAAGAACCCAUGCAUCGCCAAGCGGGCGUGAUUCUUCUAGGCACUGGCGGCGUUAUACCAGCUAAUAGGGUGGAACAUAUGGAGACGGCUUGCACCAUCCGUGAGAACAAGGUCAUUCACCCCUUCGCGUUCCGCACGCACACUCAUGCGCUUGGCACAGCAGUAUCAGGAUACGCCGUCCGCAGAGAGGCGACAGGGGACAUUUGGCAACUAAUCGGCAAGAAGAACCCCCAACUGCCCCAGAUGUUUUACCCCGUGGCCGACAAUACCCCCAUAAAGCAAGGCGACGUGCUAGCCGCUAGGUGCACCAUGAACAAUACGCACUCCUUCCCUGUUAAGAUUGGCGCAACAAACAAAGACGAGAUGUGCAACUUCUACCUGAUGUACUGGGUGGAGAACACCUACCCUCUCGACCAGAAGUACUGUUUCAGCGCCGGGCCCCCCUACUAUUACUGGGUGCGCGCGCCGCAAAACUUCAACCGCGUGCCGGACCUCGAAGCCAGCUCCUUGUAAAGGACUGAGGUAAAUGGGUGAUCGGAAAUGGUGACGUUUGUGUUGUGUAAGAUAUGGUGACAUAAUAAAAAAGCCUAGGUUUCGAUGUCGGAUUACCGCUUAGAUUAGAGCAGCGUUUCUUUACAUUUUUGUCCACGGAACUCUAAAGAAAUCCAGCAUAAUUUUAAGGAGCAGCAAUUUUCGUUUGUGACACUUUUGGAGGCAAUCGUAAGUAAAUACUUACGAUUGUUAAAUGGUCCGUAGAUAAGGCUGCGGACCCCUUGGUAGUUCGAUCUCUGUCGACUACUAGACUAUUGUGGUCACACUCCUAAACUAUCACAAGCAUAGUUAUGUAGCUGAAAAAAUAUGCCUAUAAUAUCCUCAAUUUGUGUCUGGUAAACAAAAGAGUCGUGUAUUAUUAUUAUUAUUAAAUGACCUGAUGAUGUUAUCAGAAAGUUAUAUCAGCAUAUUUUUAAAAAGAAAUUUAUUGAUGUAGUAUAAGUGGAGAAAUAAAUUAGCCUCAGAUUUAAUAUUUUUGUUGGAAUAUCGCACUUAUUACAUACAACUGUAUUAGUUGCCACAUUUUUAGCCUUGAUGAACGAUGACUCAAAGAGAGAUCUGUAGGUCAGACCUUUAUCGUUAUUUGUCUCUCAUUCGUACAGUACACUGAGGAAAGAGAGGUAAAUAUAAAUGUUGCCAUUUCCGAUCAUGAUUUAUCUGCGUUAGUUAAACAAUAGUAAUAUGUACUAAUACAUACUAUGACAGAAAACCGAAAAAAAAAAUGUUUGUCACAUAAGUAACGUUGGUGUCACUUAUAGUUUUCGCAAUAUUUUCUAUAAACGUAUCAGAGAUAAUAAUUGUCGAUCGGUCUAUUGCUGUAUUUAAAGAAAAGGCCAUGUCGCCUAAUAACUUGUUCUUCGUAGUCAACUGAAGCUGCGUGCUAUAAGCUCCCUGUCUAUAAUUUUCCAUAGACUCAUAAUCUUCAAAGACAAAAAUAUUUUUGAAAUUUUAUGAAUCGACAUGAUCUGACCCCUUUUUGUAAGCUAGACUGGGUUGCCUGUGUUAAAAACACUAAGUACUAAUCACAAAUACUUAUAAAUGUAUGAUUAUAAUGUAUUUAUACUUCUAGUCAAAAAACUCAGUGAAAUAAAAAGACUUUGUAAAAUUGUAAGUAUUUGAAAGACAUCACAAGAGAUUUUUAGUAAUUGUACAAACCACAGUUUAUGUUUAAAUACCAAAAGACUUUAGAUCUGAUUCAAGCGAAUUUAUAUUAUUAUUUUUAUUGUUUAGUUAGUUACAAGAAAAACAUUGAAUCUUAGACUUUUACUUUUAUGUCAAAACUAUUUAAUAUGUCAAAUUCUUAAAAAUAAAUAUUUAUUUAAGUAAUAAAAUGUGCUUUUCAAAGAUGACUUGUUUCGUUUGUGAGAGAGAGACAAUGCUAGUAUACUGCGUUCUCUUUCUUACGUCUGUACUAUUAUGACAUGUAGAUGUAAGAAUAUAUUUUAUUGUAUCGACCAUAAUUUUAAUAUGACUACUUUGGCGUGAAUCUUGGACUCUGAUGUGUGUAUAAUGACGUUAAAAGUAUAAAAUAUAUAAAUGCAUGUAUUAUAGCAAACAAAUUAUACGAAAUACUUCAUACGGGGGUAGAUUUGACAUUGAUCUUAUUAUUUGUACUAUUUCGUUUGCCCCGAAACUUGAUGUAUAUUAUUACGUAGAAAUGUGUAGCUCAAAUGUUAUUUCAAUCCAUUCCACUAUAAUUUUACGAUAAGUAUUUAAUUUAUGAAUAGUUAAAAAGCAUAAUAUUAUUUUAUAGUUCAUGAUAAUGAUGUAAAGUAACGCAGCUGAUGGAAAAGUGCAUUCACUUUAAUUAGUAAAUUGAUGAUGAAAAAAAUCAUGUUGCUUGCAUUGGUUGGAUGACGUUUGAUACGUCAUGCAAUUGACAUGAUUAAUGAUUAUCAUUUUCCUAUAAUCAUAUCUUAUUUUAAUAAAAGAUAAAACUAUAUUUAUACAAUUAUUAUAUAACUUAUUCAGACACUUUGGACGUUUCAAUCGAAAGUUUCUGAAUGACAAAUUAUUUUUAAACAUUUUUAAUUCUAUUUUAAUUAAACUUCAGUAUUUUUAUUCGGUUGUUUAACGACUUUCAGUGAAAAUGAUCUUUGUUUAUAAUAAUUGAUUUAUUAGCACAAAAAAGCAAAAUAAUAUGAUAAAAUCAUCUAUAUAUUGAUAUAAUUGUAGAAAUAAAUACUUUAAUUAUGAUCUGUUUUUGCAAGUUGCAAGAAAGUAAAUCGAUUACAAUGUUAUUAUAUUAUAUUUAAAAUAUUUUUGAUUUUUGUUUCAUUAAACUGCAUUUCGUUCUGGUGUAGCCUAUUUUUUGUUGACAGUAAGUUAUUGACAACUUAUAGUACCUAUAAUCUUGUAACUUGCAAUCCUAUUUAUUUAUGUCGCUGUUGUUAUUAAAAUAUUUGCUGUAUAAUUACAGCUUGCACGAGUAAGUUCCAAGAUUUCCUAUUGUUAUACAAUCUAUGGGCCAUUUUGGCUAUCUUUUAGAAUUUUCUAGACCUUCAAAGGUCUAUUCUGGCUUUAAUAUGUAUCUAUCUAAACCAUACGUCAGUGUGAUCUUUAAAAGAGAACCUGUAUGCCAAUUUGCACUGUGUACAAGAAUUUAUGUAUUGUUGCCUGCGACCAAACUUGUGAUUUUACAUAAGUUGUUGAAUUCAUGGGUUGCCGACAAUUCCAUGAAAAUAAAUUCAAAUGGUUUUUUCUAUAACGUAGGUCGUAAAAGCUAUUUUCUUGAUGGCCUCCUUUAGCUAAAUCAUAGGUACUUAGCAUGCUUUCAAAGCAAGAAAUUGUUUAUUCUAAGACAUCUGGGAAUUAAACUUAAACCUCUGAAUCAAGCGAGUCAAAUUUUAACUAUUAAACGAUAGUUUGUGUUUAUUGAGCUGAAUGUUCACUUUUAAUAUUUUUCAAAUAAAUGUUGAGAAUAAAAUAAUUUGCAACUUUGGUCGCAGCAUUAUUUAUAGAAUAGUGUAACAUAUUACUGGGUGUUCAACACUGAAACAGGCAUUUUAAUCAGAAAUCUAUUUAAUUAUAUCAAAUGUUAUUACACACUUCUAGGAUAUUGGAUGUAUCAAAUCAUAUCGAUGUAUUUAGCUCUGAUGAAUGUUAUAAUAUAAAUAAUAUAUGGAAAAUGAUCUAAUUAAAAAAAUACGAGUACAAUCACGUGCAAAAAUCUUGUUUGAUAAUUUUGUACAUGAUUGUACUUUGACCCCGCAAUAUGUCAAUGUUUUGACUUAUUGAAAUAGACUUAUUUGACAUUCCAUGUGUAUGUAAAAUACAAAUUAACCAACCUGGUA